AUGAAAGGGACGGUCUCUGGGGCGAAGUCAUGUACCCAGGCUGGGAUGGCCGCGGUGGCCUCUGGGUGUCUGGCUGUGAGCGUACUGAGGACUUCAGCGCUCGGCGUGCAGACGGGCAUGGCAGUCAGAGUCUGCAGUGAUUUCGCCAAGUUCCCUCUUUUUGCCAAACCUUCGGCCCGCGAGAGCUUGCCAGUGACGUCAGGUACGUGGCGUGGUUGGGGAUUACUGAUCAUUCGCCUGCCCCACCACAUCAGCGACCCUGCCUUCGCUGCUGCCCCUCGUCAACGCUCUCCUGCCCCUCCUGCCAUCCACCACUGCUCCCGCUGCUGCUGCCCCCACCUGCUUCUGCUGCUCCUCCCCCUCCCCAAACCUCCCGAACCAGCUUCCGCCACAACCACCCCUGCCCUCUCCACCUCUCCCUCCCCUACUCCACCCCUCUCCACCACACUCAACCCACCUCCUGCCCUCGACCUCACCCCGAUCCCCUGGCUGGUCGACCGCCGCACCGCCAUCCUGCACUCCCUGCGUUCCCAAGUGGCGGCAGGGAGGGCGAUCAUAGGGGGCGGGGCGGGCACGGGGAUAAGCGCCAAGUGCGAGGAGAUGGGGGGCGUGGACCUGAUUGUAAUCAAGUCAGUGCCGGUGCUAGCAGGCGUGUGCGCCACGGACCCCUUCCGCCAGAUGCCUCUCUUCCUGCGCCGCCUCGCCGCCCUCGGCUUCGCGGGCGUCCAAAACUUCCCCACAGUGGGCCUCUACGACGGCUCUUUCCGCACCAACCUAGAGGAGGACCAACAUGGGGUACCCCGCUCGAAGUCGCCAUGA